CGAACACCUCACAAAAGUACUGCAAUCGUUCCGGCCUAUCACACUAGUCCAUAUCAAGCGUUUUGGCCUCGGCAAGUUCACCAGCAACAGCAGCAGCAGCAACAGUAUUAUCAUCAGUAUCAGCAGUACCAGUAUCAUCAGAACCACUAUAAUCCCGCUCCAUGCACUGGCACUACUGGUAAUACAAUUGGCCCUCCUGCUCAUUAUCCAGCCUUAAGUGCUGGUUAUCACGGAUAUUAUCAACAACACUAUCAGCAACGGUAUCCAUUGAAACGUAUGCACAGUGGCAGUAGUUUUUGUGCGGAUACCUUAGCAACAGCAGCCACACUAGCAGCAAUGAACGCCUUUCCGGUAGUGAAUCAAAGUCAGUCUCCGAAAUUCAUCUCAGACCAUCACAAGUAUGUACCCGCCUCUGAAAGAAUUUCCGGAUUUGAACCAGAGCAAUGGAACAAGGUGAACACAUUUCGCUUAUAG